AUGCCGAUUACGGCUACUCCGUGGUUCUCCGUGCUGCUUUUCACAACGACAGUGGCUCCUGUUGUUGGUGUCAUCCACUGUCCUGGGGACCAGGCUCCAGCGGCGAGCGAAGCUACAUGCAGCCCCGACCCAAUCGACGAUCAGGAGGCGCAAUUUAAGCAUCAACCAGGUCGGCUUGUCCACACCAAUCAUGACAACGCCUGUGGGGAGCCUCCUGGGAAAUAUCCUGCGGUUCGCUCGCUUCUAACUAUACGUGGUAUCUGCUCCUUGGCCGAGCUCAUUGCAAUUGGCUCCCCUCUCCUUGAUGUUGUUGAAUCCUCUGCGACACCACCCCAUUGGGUCCCUCACCAAGAUCUACCUUCCUCUAUCGGCCUGCCCGUUGUUCAGUGGACCACCACCGAGUGA